CCCGCCUACGAUUGGCGCUUUUACUAGUAACAUCUGCAAUACAAACAAGGGCGAGGUUUAAACCAAAAUCUACUUUGACAUCUGGUGCACAGCUUUGCGUUUUCUUUGAAAAUAAAGGCUUCAUAAAUCGUACCAAUUUCAGUCUUUUGAAAAAGGUGUAUGAAAACUUUCUUUUUACAAUGCCACCUAAAGGGAAAAAACAAGCAGCAAAAGCUGAAACAAACAAAACUAAAGGUAAUACCAAAGAGGUACAAAAAGAAGUGAAGUCUAAAGAUGAUGAAAAGGAAGAGGAAGCAGAUGAUAAUGAAUCAACAGAAGCUGAAAAGAAAGAUAAAGAAGAGAAAACAGAGAAAAAAACAGGUGGACGAGGAUGGGGUUGGGGUAAAAAGAGAAAGUCAGACGCUGAUGAGGAAGGUGAGCCAAAGAAGAAAGCCAAAAAUUCAAUUAUUGAUUCUCUAGAGGGUGUUGAUUUUUCAACUAAAGCUAAAGCUCCAAAUGGGAAAGAAGCAAACUUUAAGAUUGCUUCGUGGAAUAUUAACGGAAUCAGAGCGUGGCUAGAGAAAGAUGGCUUGGAGUACAUCAAAGCUGAAAAACCUGAUGUUUUAUGUGUUCAAGAAAUGAAAUGUGACGUAUCUAAAAUACCAGAUGAAGCUAAACUAGAGGGCUAUACAAACCAUUGGCUCUCUGGUGAUAAAGAGGGCUAUUCAGGAGUCGGCAUGUAUUUUAAGACCAAGCCUAUUAAAGUUACAGAAGGACUUGGUAUUGAAAAACAUGACAAAGAGGGAAGAGUGAUCACAGCUGAGUUUGAGAAAUUUUACCUUGUUAAUACAUAUAUACCUAAUUCAAGCAGAGGUUUAGUAAGGCUGGAUUAUAGAACAAAGGAAUGGGAUGUAGACUUCAGAAAAUACUUGAAAUCCUUGGCUGACAAAAAACCUGUAGUCUGGUGUGGGGACUUGAAUGUUGCACAUAAAGAAGCUGAUAUAAAAAAUCCAAAAGGCAACUUAAGAAACGCUGGCUUCACAGAAGAGGAGAGAGACAGUUUUACUGCCACUUUGAAUGAAGGGUUCAUUGACUCCUUCCGUUACUUGCAUCCAGAUGAAAAAGAAGCCUUUACGUUCUGGACGUAUAUGAUGAAUGCUAGAGCCAAGAAUGCUGGAUGGCGUUUGGACUACUUUGUCAUCUCUGAAAAGCUAAAACCCAACCUUUGUGACAGUGUAAUUCGUAAGACAGUUAUGGGAAGUGACCACUGUCCAAUAGUUCUUUAUUUGGCUUUAUAAUAUUAAGCAUGUUGGUUCAGAAGGCAAGCUAGUUUGUUAUAUUUUUGUCCUAAAUCACAACUUAAAAAAUAUAAUUUACUAGUAUGGUGGAUGGGUAUUUCAAACAAUAUCAGGUUAAACUUUUUAAGCUGCUGAAGGUUUUCACAAUCAAGCCACUGUAAGUGUUCUUUAUAUUUGAAGAUUCCAACAGAAUCUCAAUUUAGUUUAUUACAAUAAUAAAUCAUCAUUGCUAAUUUACUUUUCACUAGUUAUAAAUUGAAAACUAUCUUAACUCAUUGUUAAGUAGCUAUAUUACUACAUCCUAUUUUAGCUUGUUAGAUUUUUUUCCAUACUAUUUUAUUAGCUUAGACUUUUCCCACAUUAUAUUUAAGUAGCUUGUUAGAUUUUUUCAUUCACUGUAUAACUAUAUUAUGAGCAACAUAUUUUUUCUUUAUUGUGUAGUUAUAUUGUAUAAUAUAAUAUUAUUAAAUUGGUUUCAUAUGCAUCUAAAAGAACCUUCAUUAUUAAAAAACAGCAAAAUAAUUCAUAUACAUGAUAGUUAAGAAUUUGAUACUAAUUAAUCUACUUAGUUGUAGUUUUUGAACUUACAUAUUAAAUUUUUACUCUUUUGUUUUAUUAAUUUUUUUCUGUUAAUGAUAACAUGUUAACAUUUUUUUUUUUAAAUGUAUAUUUUUUUUAUUUUUAUAAGUUUUUUUUAACAGACUGGAACAUUUUUCACUCUUGUAUUCAUAAUUAUUUUGAUAUUUGAUAAACAUGUUGAGUUUGUUUACCAGAGCUUUAAAAAGAUUUUGUUACUUUCAUUUUUUUUCUUUAUACAUAUUUUUAAAUUAAACUGUUUGCAAUUAUAACUAUGUAACGAUGUUAUUGCUGUUAAAAAGGCCUAAUUAGUAUUUAGCAUAAGACUGUAGGAAUGAAUGUUAUAACUUAGUAAAAAAAAAGGCCAAUUGAGCAUAUAGCAUAGGAUUGUAGGAAUGAACAUUACUAUGAUUUUUAAAAGCAUUUAUUACCUCCCAUUAGGUAAGACAUUACCCAUAUAAUUAUAAUGAUGGCAUUUUUGUUAUCUUGUUUGUGUUUAUUUGUUAUUACAAAUGUAAGCUUUCUUUUUUUUAAGAACACCACUGCUAGUCCUACACAUAUAUAAAAAUAGACUAAAAUGUUUCAAAUAAAU